UCAACUCACCCGAUGCACACAGCGUUCGACGUUCUUUUCAAACUUUUCAACGGACAUUUGGCAGUUGAAUCAGGCGCUCCCCUUGUAACACCAAUUUUACACUAUUCACAAUGAGGGAGAUUGUUCAUUUGCAAGCUGGGCAAUGUGGAAAUCAAAUUGGCGCCAAGUUUUGGGAGGUGAUAAGUGAUGAACAUGGUAUUGACCCUACUGGUACCUACCAUGGAGACAGUGACCUACAACUGGAAAGAAUAAAUGUCUACUACAAUGAGGCAACAGGUGGAAAGUAUGUCCCUAGGGCAAUUCUUGUGGAUUUGGAGCCCGGAACAAUGGAUUCUGUCCGGUCAGGGCCAUUUGGUCAAAUCUUCAGGCCUGACAACUUUGUCUUUGGUCAGAGUGGCGCUGGAAAUAACUGGGCAAAAGGUCAUUACACGGAGGGAGCGGAGCUAGUGGAUUCUGUGUUAGAUGUUGUCAGGAAGGAAGCAGAGAGCUGUGACUGUCUGCAGGGAUUCCAGCUUACUCAUUCUUUAGGUGGAGGCACAGGAUCUGGAAUGGGAACUUUGUUGAUUAGCAAGAUUCGUGAAGAGUACCCAGACCGCAUCAUGAACACCUUUAGUGUAGUCCCUUCUCCUAAAGUGUCAGAUACAGUAGUGGAGCCUUACAAUGCAACCUUGUCGGUCCAUCAAUUGGUUGAGAACACAGAUGAGACCUACUGUAUCGACAAUGAAGCCCUCUAUGACAUCUGUUUCCGCACACUGAAGCUAACCACCCCCACGUAUGGUGACCUUAACCAUUUGGUGUCUGCCACCAUGAGUGGAGUCACCACCUGCCUUCGCUUCCCAGGCCAGCUGAAUGCCGACCUCCGCAAGCUGGCAGUAAACAUGGUACCCUUCCCCCGUCUGCACUUCUUCAUGCCCGGUUUUGCCCCCCUCACCAGCAGGGGUAGCCAGCAGUACCGUGCCCUCACCGUGCCUGAACUCACCCAGCAGAUGUUUGAUGCCAAGAACAUGAUGGCUGCUUGCGACCCUCGUCACGGACGCUACCUAACAGUGGCUGCCAUCUUCCGUGGCCGCAUGUCAAUGAAGGAGGUGGAUGAGCAGAUGCUGAACGUUCAGAACAAGAACAGCAGCUACUUUGUGGAGUGGAUCCCAAAUAACGUGAAGACGGCUGUUUGUGAUAUUCCGCCUCGGGGCCUCAAGAUGUCGGGCACCUUCAUUGGUAACAGCACAGCCAUUCAGGAGCUGUUCAAACGCAUCUCAGAGCAGUUCACUGCCAUGUUCCGCCGCAAGGCCUUCUUGCAUUGGUACACUGGAGAGGGCAUGGAUGAGAUGGAGUUCACGGAGGCUGAGAGCAACAUGAACGACUUGGUAUCUGAAUACCAGCAGUAUCAGGAUGCCACUGCAGAAGAAGAGGGCGAGUUUGAAGAGGGUGAGGAGGAAAUGGGUUGAAGACCGAAAAAAAAAAAUGUCAUUCCCCUGACUUUCCUUUUUUGUGUAUGUGAGGUGGUGACUUUAUAUUAAAAAUACAUUUACUUAACCACU